AUGGAUAUUGUUCCCGCCCCCGCUGGUGCUCCAGAUGCUGCUGCGUCUGACCCGGUAGCCAUGCGAGAAGAUUUGCAACUCCUGGAAAACCUCAUGAAUGAGGUGUGUAAGGAGUGGGAUGCAAACGAGGAGCUGAAAGCCCGGGUCUUCGGCCAGAAGAAAUAUUUUCUGUGGCCGGGUGAUGACAAGGGCAAGAAGAAACAGAUCUCAGCCCUUGCGGUGAAGCUCAACAAGGAUUUGCUGAAGCCGAUCGUGGGGCGAUGCCUGCAGCAUUCGCUUCUGGCCACAGUGCCGAUGAUGGAGAAAAUGUUGCAGCACCAGACUGAAGAAUGGAAGGUGCCCGAGGUUGCCCAAGGUAUGUGCAACAAGGAUGCCCGUAACAUGAAGACGGCGGUGACCUGCCAUCGAAGAUUGGCUGAUCGCUCUGAUAGCCAGCGUGAUGCCGAUGUGCACGAGCUCACUGCAGAGCUACGCCAAAGAUCCGGAUGGGUAUUGGCCAGAGACUGCCCUGUGUCCCAGUUCUAUGCGAUUCAGGAGGAUUAUACAAAGCCUCGCUUCUCCAAGAGUGUGCGGGUAAGCCAAGGGAAAGGCAGGGGCAAGGGCAAACGCGCAAAGGUCCAGCAGCCUCCCGAGGAAGAUCCACCAUUGGUUCCCUUGGCCCCUCCGGAGGGUGAGGCUGCCGAUGAUGAGUUGGACGGUGAGCAGGGUGCAGCUUCGAGUGAGGCUGCAGAGGAGGUUUCGGAUGAGGAUGGGCACGAGAGCCAGGCCGCAGACGUUGGGGAGGAAGAGCCUGAUCCAGAUUAUGCUGCUUUGGAUCUCAUGAUGAAGGAGAUCGAUGAACUCCCUGCCCCUGUGCUCAUUGAAGACUCCCCGAUGCCCGGGAAGGAUGCUCCAGAUGGAUGUUCCAAUGGUCUCGAGGCCACUUCGGAGGAUAUGCUUGGGGAGCUGCGCGAACUUUUGCGAAGGCAGAAUGCCAGGCACUUUGGUGAGCACACUGAUCUGCAUGAGACGCUUCCCAUGGAAGAGGAUUGCAUAUAUAUAUGCCUGUAUCUGCAAACCCGUGUUCAGUUGCUCUUUUGCAGACUAUACAUGUCUACAUAG